GGGAUCUCUGUAAAGAGAGGAGGAGGGAGAGUCUCUUCCAGCCCGGCCCCUGGCCUUCCUCGCUAUAUAAAUCCUCUCCCGGACGGAGCCUCCAGAGAGCACAAUUGCGGUGAGUUUGGAGAGGUUUCUCUGGUGCGGCUUGGUGCGCAAAGCGAGACUCAUAAUGCCAAAUUGGGGAGGCGGAAACAAGUGUGGAGCCUGUGGCAGAACAGUAUACCAUGCAGAAGAGGUUCAGUGUGAUGGAAGAAGCUUUCACAGAUGCUGCUUUCUUUGUAUGGUCUGCCGGAAGAACUUAGACAGCACAACAGUAGCCAUUCACGAUGAAGAGGUGUACUGCAAGUCGUGCUACGGAAAGAAGUAUGGUCCCAAAGGAUAUGGCUAUGGCCAGGGAGCAGGCACUCUCAACAUGGACAGAGGGGAAAGACUGGGCAUCAAGCAUGACAACACACCAUCCCAUCGGCCUACAACAAGUCCAAAUACUUCAAAAUUUGCCCAAAAAUUUGGUGGAGCAGAGAAGUGUUCCAGAUGUGGUGAUUCUGUAUAUGCAGCUGAGAAAGUAAUAGGAGCUGGAAAGCCUUGGCACAAAAACUGUUUUCGAUGUGCCAAAUGUGGCAAAAGCCUUGAAUCAACAACUCUGACAGAGAAAGAUGGUGAAAUUUACUGCAAAGGUUGUUAUGCAAAAAACUUCGGCCCCAAAGGAUUUGGAUAUGGGCAAGGAGCUGGAGCUCUUGUUCAUGCUCAAUGAUUCUUCAUUCCCAUUCCACCAAGAUGGUUCUUAGUUAGUCAAUACAAGUUAAAUGCUUCUAAUUAGUAUGAAACUGAUACUAGUUUCCUAUGCUAUUGCUUUGUUUUAAAAUCCUGCAUAUUUCCAAGCCAUACACUACACUUUUACAUGCACGGUUAACUGGGUUAUUGGAAAAUUAAUGUGUUGAAAUUUCUAGAGAAAAUAUUUUCUACUGUCUGCAGAACUGCAACACUGUUGCUUCCCUCAAGACUUUGAAGUAUGGCAUAAAGAGUAUUUGUUAUCUGGUGGGAAAGCUUGUUAAUCUGGUAUUGGAUUAUUAGGUAUUUCAUUGUGGGUUUACAGCGAAAGUGUCCCUAAUGUUUCUAGCAACUGGUGUACAUCUUCAUCAAGCGGUGGGAUUCUACAGGGGUUUAACUUCAGUCACAGGAGAAAAGAACAGCAAUUGCUUGGAAUAAGCAAGUGUCUACCCUUCACAUGUGUGCAAACAGUAAAAGAUCUUUGCCUUAAGCAGGUAUAUCUUUAGACACACUUCUAAACAAUAUUAUGUGAAAUGGUCCUAACAAAUGAUUAAGAAUGUAAAUGCUAAUCCCAUUUAGCUCUAUUUAACUUCUAGCAGUGAGAAGCUAUGUCUAGAUAAGACUUAGAGGCAAGCCAUAUGUUGGGAAAUAUGAUACAGCUUCAUUGCAUAGGAACACAGCCAAAUGGCUGAUGUGUAUGAAUGAUUCUCUGGGAAAAUGUCAUGAGCACAUUAGAGAAGUCUAUGUAAACUGAUUUUGCCAAGGAUUAUUAAAAGAAAAGACCAGGACCUGUUGCAAGCCCAGUAUUCAGAUUUCUUAAUUUCUUAAAGAAAUUACAUUAAAGAGUAAAACAAAGGUACUGAAGGUCCAUGUUCAGAUAAAAAUAUAACUCUUUUUAUUUUGCUUAUGAAUAGGAUCCAGUCACAUGUCAGAAUAGUAUUAGAAAUUCAAAUUUCUGACAAGGGUAUUUUUCCAGAAUGACUAUUAUGUACAAAAUGACCUAUUAGCACAUUAAUGUUUAUAUAUGAAAUAAAUAGAUACCAAACUAUCUUAAAGUCAUCUUGUUUCAUUGUUCCACUUAUUAAUCUAGUUAAUCAUUCUGCUGAUGUUUUCCUUAUGGCCAUCAAAUACAUUGUAAUAUCCUGCUGCCUUCCAGCAUUACACUCUCUCCAUUCUGCUUUGACCAGUUUUCAUGUGGAACAUUGCCAUCCUUAUUAACUUAACAAUAAGUUGGGUGGUCUGUUGAACGGUUUUUAAUAUUGUGUGAGGAACUCAUCUUCGUACAAGUCAGUGGGUUUGGUCACUCAAAUGCUUUGGACCUCAACAUCCAUAGGCUUCAUCAUUAUUUUGAGUUGUGGAUCAAAAUAUCUGGAGGACCAGAGGAUACCCUCCUCUAGUCUUAAUUAAUGAAAAUUGACACAAAUUGGCAGGUCGUCUGCUUAUGAAAACAAUCCAUGUUAAAUAGGAUAUUUUAUAUACAAUAAAGUUUGCCAUGAGUUAUCA